AUGAGUGCUGCUCUGGAUAAAGGCUACAAGCUGGAAUCAACUGCUACUGAGUGCCAGUUUAUAAAAAACAAUAGUGUCUAUGCUAUAGCGAAGAGACAUGGUAAAAUGUACACAAUGUUAUUCAAAAAGCUCGAUGCUUGUGCCAUGGUUGGAAAAGUGAUGUCAAAUUUAAGGGAAUGGCAUACUAAACUAGCUCACCAAGACAUUAACCAAUCUGAAGAAUACAAAGAAAGAGACAGAGGACAAGAAAAAGAAAAUUACAUAGAUUUUGACACUCAAGAAGACACAGAACAAGUAUUAGAACUAGAACAAAGCCAGUAUGAAGAUAUUGAGGACCCUGAAACAAUAGAAAGUGAAAAAGAAGAGAACUCAAUUCAUUCCUUUCAUGAGGAGUCAGCAAUAUUAGAGGAAGAGAUAGAAAAAGAACAGGAAACUUCACAACAGACAGAAGAGGUAACCGAAAGACCUAGAAGGGCGAGGAAAAAGCCAAGCUGGUUUAAAGACUUUGAACAAGGAGAUGAAAAUAUGUUCCUGAGUUACAGCUGUGAUGAACCUAUUUCCUACCAACAAGCUAUGAAGAGACCCGAUAAAAGAAAAUGGGAAAAAGCCAUAAAUAAAGAAUUGCAAACACUGGAGGAAAAUAAUACAUGGGAGGAGGUGGCAGAAGUUCCUGACGGAGAAAACAUAGGAUAUGAUAUUGUCAUAACUUUG